CCUUUUUUUUGUGUUCCUCCGCGAAUAUCGCGUGAAACAAGACGAUGAGAAAUUUGGCAGUUUCAUCAGCUCGCAUUUUCUUCAAAAAUCCUUCCUUUCUCUCGUCCUCAUCUCCGAUCUCUCGUUUUCGCUGCCUCAGAUUCUCUGUUCCCGGUUUCUUUGAUCCCCUCUCGAAUCUCUCGAUCUCCGGUUGGCGAACUUUCACGGCGAUGGCGGGAACUGGCAGCGGUGGCGGCAGCGACGAGCUCGUCAGAGGAAAUGUUUAUCCGAAUGGCGUCGCUGUGAUCACUCUCGAUCGACCAAGAGCUCUCAACGCCAUGAAUAUAGAUAUGGAUUUGAAGUACAAAGGUUUUCUUGAUGAAUGGGAAUCUGAUCCCAGGGUGAAAUGUGUUCUCGUCGAGGGCAGCACGGCUCGGGCCUUUUGUGCAGGGAUGGAUAUUAAAGGAGUUGUUGCAGAAAUCCAAAAGGACAAAAACACACCUCUUGUGCAGAAGGUAUUUACAGCAGAAUAUACACUGAUAUGCAAAAUUGCCGGUUAUAGAAAACCAUACAUCUCUCUAAUGGAUGGUAUAACAAUGGGAUUUGGCCUUGGCCUUUCUGGACACGGCCGCUACCGAGUGGUAACAGAGAGGACAGUCCUUGCAAUGCCAGAGAAUGGAAUCGGUUUGUUCCCAGAUGUUGGCUUUUCAUAUAUAGCUGCUCAUACCCCCGGAGGUGGAUCUGUUGGUGCUUAUCUUGGCAUGACCGGGAAAAGGAUAUCCACGCCAUCUGAUGCUCUGCUCAUGGGUCUCGGGACACAUUACGUACCUUCUGAAAAGCUGCUUUCCCUGAAGGAAGCCUUUUUAUCCGCUGAGUUUUCCAAGGAUCCUCAUCAGGACAUCCAAGCAACUUUAUCAAAAUACAGCAGCAAUCCUGAGUCCGAGAGCCAUCUGGAGAAGCUUCUGCCUCAAAUAGAAUCAGCAUUCAGUGCAAAUAAGUCUGUCAAGGAAACCAUAGAAGAGCUCAAGAAGUGCCAACAGAGCUCUGAUGCCUCAGUCGUGGAAUGGGCAAACGAGGCUCUCCAAGGACUGGAAAAAGGAGCACCCUUUUCUCUUCACCUAACAAAAAGCUAUUUCUCCAAAGUCGCAUCCGCAAAGGGUAAAAGCGGCAACGAGUUGGCAACACUCGACGGCGUGAUGAAGACCGAGUACCGCAUCGCCCUAAGGUCCGCCCUGCGAAGUGACUUCGCCGAAGGCGUUAGAGCGGUUUUGAUCGAUAAGGACCAGAAUCCGAAAUGGAAGCCAGCGAGCGUGGAUGGGGUAGAGGGAAGUGAAGUGGAAGCUCUGUUUAAGCCGCUGAGUUCAGGAGUCGAAGAGCUAAGUGUCUGAAUCAAAUAACAUUUUCCUUGUCCGAAUCAAAAAAGAACCUUGUCGGAUUUGUAUUGAAGCUUUAUGUCGUUACCACUUCUUAACGUUCGCUUUGGAAAUAAAAUCCCGCGUUUUUGGGAAUUUUCUUA